UUUUCCUUCCUUUUUCUUUUCUUUUUGGAUUUUUUUCAACGAUGUUUUUUUUUUUUGCUAUUUUGCGAGUGGACAGAUCGUAAUGUGCUGGCUAGCGAGGUAGCUAGCUUAGCUAACUUGAAGACGCACGUCCCCCUCAAACUCACGAACGGUGCUUGUGGUUUUUAGAAAACACGACGCUUUGGAUGCAUCUUAGCUGCAGUUUCAUUUCCUUUUUUAGCUUUAUUUUUGUAGCGUCUAUUGUGAAGACUUUUCCUUGACGGGACGGAUGUGUUUUUGCCAGCCCACCAGCUAGCUUACUAGCUAACAGUCUCCUUUUGGUUUGAUAGUCGCAGCUUCAUCCUGAUCCAUAAUAGAUUACUGAUUAUCGACUACACAAUUAUGAGAAUUUUGCAGGUUUUGGUUUUUGCAAGCAGAGGAACUGGUCUGAUUGCUGUGCAUUUUUGUGCUUUUCAAGUGAUGGUCGGCUAAAGUUAGCCAUGCCAGCCGGCUCUGAGCCCCCGAGACUAGCGCAGGCCCUGUGUUUCACACUGAAGCCUGGUGGUGGCGCUGACGGGGUCCAGGCGGGUGUGUUGUGGAUGGUUUAGUAUAAAUCGCGAGGGGCGAAGGUGAAGGUCGAGACACCAGCCCAACCAAACUGAACCCAGUCCACAGUGUCAAACAUCAGACGACAGCCCUGCACACAGACGCUAUGGAUCGAUCACCCACCACCUCCAGCCUGAUGGCCAGCAGCAACGUCACCAACAAGACCGACCCACGCUCCCUCAACUCCCGGGUCUUCAUCGGCAACCUCAACACCCUGCUGGUCACCAAGGCAGAUGUCGAGGCCAUCUUCUCCAAGUACGGCAAGAUCGUAGGCUGCUCUGUCCACAAGGGCUAUGCCUUCGUUCAGUACUCCAACGAGAGGAACGCCCGGGCUGCUGUCAACGGGGAGGAUGGGAGGAUGAUUGUCGGACAAGUGCUCGACAUCAACCUGGCUGGAGAACCCAAACCACACAGGUCAAAAACCACCAAACGCUCAGCUGGAGACAUGUACAGCAGCAGUUCCUCGUUUGACCUCGACUAUGACUUUCAAAGAGAUUAUUACGACAGAAUGUAUUCGUACCCAUCCCGUGUCCCCGCUCCCCCUCCCCCCUUGUCGCGGGCCGUGAUUCCGUCCAAGCGCCCGCGGGUCAGCCUCAGCGGAGGAAGCAGCCGACGUACCAAGAGCAGCUUCUCCUCUUCCUCCAAGAGCAGCCAGAGGACUUCUUCGUCCAGAGCAAUGAAAGUGGAUGAGCUGCAGACCAUCAAGCGUGAGUUGACCCAAAUCAAAAGCAAAGUGGAUGACCUGCUGGAGAGUCUGGAGCGCAUGGAGAAGGACCACAGCAAGAAGUCAGAAGCUAAGGGCAUAAAAACUGAGCCAGGAGAGGUGACUUCACCACCACACCCAAGCAACAAGAAGGACGACGGAAAGAUGAGGGACAGGGAGAGCCAGGAGAUGAAUGACUCCGAGGAGGAGGAGGAGGAGGAGGAAGAGGAGGGAGACCUGCUGGAGGAGGAAGAGGUGAAGAGUCAAGAGAGGGAGGAGGACGAGGAGGAGGAGGAAGGAGAGCACGUGGAAGGUGACGAUGACGCUGACAGUGUCAACGGUGAAGACGACUCGUAGGCUCGGACCACACUGACGCAUGCAGCGUACACACAGCUUCCAGUAGGAACUCGGACUCUGUUUUAACACUCAUAUUGUAGAUACAUAAAAGCAAACGUGCACACACACACACAAGCAUGGUGCACACACGCUGUUGUUCCAUUGUACCUGAAUCCAUUCUUUUUUUGUUUUGUUUGUUACUUUGGCCAGUUGUCCAGUAUCACUGUAACAGGAAUAAUUAGCGGUAGGUUUCUGUUUUUGUUUUUACUGCGUUGUUACCUGUCUUCAGGAGAAGGCAGAAACGUGGACUGUUAAUGUUCUCAGAGACGACAGCUCGACGGACAUGUCUUAAUGCGACGAUGGAAAAUCAGCGUUCUUAGGUUCAGUGUGUUUGUUUUCCUCAUCAGUGAAUUUGUUUGACCUUGUGUGUCUGUAUGUUACUGUCAGUUUUUAUACUAUUCAGUUUCAGUUUAACUGUAAAGGAAUAAAUUGCAAUAAAAUAUUAAA